UGAAUAUUCGCGCAUGACGCUUAUACGCGUCAAGUUAUUUGAAUUUCGUAGCUCUAUACGCAACAACACCGCAUCCGGAUGGAGCUGGCAAGAUACUUGGAAGUGUGUCGAUUGUGUCUGAAGCAGAGUUCCACUAAUUUAAACAUAUUUUCCGACAAAAAUGUCGAAGACAAAAUUGCAAAGGUGCUUCGGUUUUCGAUCCCAAACAACGCACAACUCUCAAGUCUGGUCUGUCUGGCCUGCUACGAGUGUGUUUUCCGGUUCUUCGAUUACUCCGAAUUAGUGCAACGAAAUCAAGCCUACUUGGAUGGUCUACUGGUACAAAUCCCUGAUACAGUACAGCCGAAACCGCUGAUCAUAAUACCGGUUUCGGACGUGACCAGUUCCGAGGGUGCCUACCAUAUUGAGGUCAAUAUUCAGAAGGAACAACUGGAAACCAUUGUAGUAGAACCGGCUCAAGAAGAUGAAGAAAACGCAGCCGAUGUGGAACCGGAGAAACCCAAAACGCUAAGAAAAACUAAAGGUGACGCGUUGAUCAAAGAAUUUGUAUCCUUGUCCUGCGAAGUCUGCACUGAACCUGCCGUAACCUUCGACAACUUCAAACUGCUUCAGGAGCACUACAUCCAGAAUCACAAACAACCCGGAUAUGCCGUUUGCUGUGGGAAAAAGUUUUCCCGGAAGGACAGACUCAUCACGCACAUUACCAAUCACAUCAAUCCGGACGCGUUCAAGUGCGCCAUCUGUGAGCACGCGAGCAAGAGCAAAUCUCUGCUCCGAAUUCACAUGAAGCGCCAUCUUGGCGACGAAGAACGCCGCUUCGCAUGCCGGAAAUGUGACCAGCGAUUCAUCCUAAGAUCCCAACUAGUGAAUCACGAAGCCAGCCAUCUGAGCGAUAGCGAAAAGAAGCACGUCUGUGACGUGUGCGGGAAGGCAUUCGCUCACAAAUUCGUUUUAAAAAAUCACAAACUCCUCCACACAUCGAGCGGCAAAGAGUUUGUGUGUGAAAUUUGCGCCAAACCGCUCUCGUCCAGAUCAAGCCUGAAAGCUCACAUGGAGACCCACGACGCGGGCCAAUCGCAGCCGUCCAAGGUGCAGUGCGAUGUCUGCUCUCAGUGGUACAAAAAUGCCGAAACGCUGAGGACCCACGUGCGAGUUCGGCACCGGGACCAGCGCGUUCACCGGUGUGACCACUGUGGAAAGGUAUUUCCGACGCUCAGUUCCCUGACCGGCCACGUCAAGUAUGUUCACCUGCGGGAAAUGAACUUUUCCUGCGAGCAGUGUCAGAAGAGUUUCCGAAAGAAGGUUGAGUACAAGGAGCACAUGGCAAGAUCACACGGCGACAAGUGGCUCUAUCAGUGUGAGUUCUGUGAUAAAAAGUACGCGUGCAGCUCAAAUUACUUUUCACAUCGGAAAAGCAAACAUCCGAAAGAGUACGCUCGCAAAAAGAUUGACAAACAGCAAGAAACAAUUUGAAUGAUAAAUGAACUAAAAUUGAUCAAUUUGAAAAUUA